UUCAGUUGUCAUUUAGCUACUAUACGAUAAGUUUCGGAUCUGAAAAAAUCAUAAAAAAAUAAAUAAGAAAAUCAGAGAUUUAAUAUAAUUUAUAAAAGCUACUAUAGUUUAUGAGUUCCUCGUGUAGAGUCAAGUGUCGGAAGAAUCAUUUUUGAAGACAAAAACGAAUUGUUAUUUGCUGAUAACAAUAAAGAAAGCGGAUUUUCGCUUAAAAUUUAUGGCGGAGAACAAUUUAUUAAACAUCAUCAACCCCAACUUCUUUGAAGGGGUUGAGAAGCUAUUGGAGAUUUGGUUCGCACCGAAGGCCAAUGCAGAUUUGCGAAAAAUUCCGAGAACUCAUUGGGAUGCUUUGUUAAAAUCAGUUCGAUGUGAAAUCAUCAGUUUUACACGUAACGAGCAAAUCGAUGCUUAUGUCUUGAGGGAAAAGAGAUCGUUGCUCGAGUUGAUGAUCAGUGUCAAUGUAAUCUUCAAUGAGAGUAGCAUGUUUGUUUCCAACCGCCGUUGGAUUUUAAAAACAUGCGGCACAACAACUCCACUGCAAUGUUUGGAGCCAUUGUUACAGAUGGCUUUUGAAAUUGGCGGAUAUGCUGAGAUUGAAGAUUUGUUUUACUCCCGAAAAAAUUAUAAAAAACCAGAGCUUCAAGUCUCACCACAUCGUGGCUUUGAAGAAGAAGUUGCAUUUUUAGAUCAGUUUUUUGAAGAUGGCCGUGCUUAUUGUUUAGGAUCGGUAAAUCGUGACUGCUGGUACUUGUACACUUUGAAUCGAAAAGGCACUGAUGAAGCGUUAACAAAUGAUCUGUCAAUUAAUAAUAAUAAUAAUAACAACAACAUGAUUAUUAAGUCACUUCAAGUUCCUGAUCCUGAUCAAACCAUUGAAGUUCUCAUGACCGAUUUAGAUCCGAAAGUUAUGGCGAUUUUCUCGAAAGAAGAUUCCAAUGACGCCAAAGAAGCUACGCAGAAAUCUGGAAUCAAUAAAAUCAUCCCUGGUAUGGUUAUCGAUGACUAUUUGUUUGAGCCGUGUGGAUAUUCCAUGAAUGGUGUUUCGAAAAAUGGUUGCUAUAUGACAAUUCACAUUACACCCGAACCUGAAUUCUCUUAUGUCAGUUUCGAGAGUAACGUCGCUGCUGCAAGUUACAGUGAUUUGAUAACACGCGUCAUUGAUACUUUUAAGCCAGGAAAGUUUAUUGUGACGGUGUUUGCAAAUAAAACAUCUCCUGCGUUUGGUGCGUCACGUGAGUUGGAGCACAUCGCUAAUAUUGGACAAUUUAAGCGUCGUGACAUUCAAUAUUGUCGUUUUGAAACGUAUGAUUUGACUUACGCGCAUUAUAUUAAAUAUCCAAGCUGAGGUUUAAAGAUCAUGCCUUGUGUUGGGGCCAAGAAUAGCAACACGCUUUCAUCUUCCUCGCUCCCAAUCCCCCACUCCAUUUCCUAUCCAGAUGACGAAUCCAAUAAGAUUCUUCAAAUUCCUCUCAUGAAGUUUUUGAUUAAGCUUCUUCAUUUCUUCACAUUUUCCGGUCCUUUCUCCGAUGACAGUCAAAAAGGAAACUCGCAUAUUCAACAAAAGCAACAACAGCAAAACUCGACUCAUGGCAACAAUUUAAGUGACAAGCCAUUCAACGUUCUACCACCAUUCGCUUAUACAACAGCAAUGAUCUUCUUUAUUCAACUUGUUUCGGUCAUAUUUGUGCUCAACAUUGAAGAAUUCUCAUCACCGCUUGUAAUGUUCAGCUAUUGGCGUAACAAAAUUUCUUGAAACUGAUUAACAGUGUUAUUACAAAUAUAAUUUUCAAUUUUAUCAUCAAAAUUUCGAUUUUGGUUGAUGUAUCACACAGCUUUUGUUUCGUUUUCAUGACGUUUGCAGACGAGUGACAAAAACAAAACAGUGCAUGAUUUUUGUUUUAUUCAAUUUUUGCUUAACUGUAGACGAUGAUUUUAACGGAUGCGCAAACCUUUUCACACAUUGAUGAGAGCUUUAAGCUGAGUUGUUUUGCGCAUCCAAAUUAAUUUCUUCCACAAGAAUCUUCUUUUUUUUUCGUCUGUGAUGACACUUUAAUAUAUAUUUUGAAGCAAAAAUUGUGAAUCGUACUUUCAUUAUUAGUGUGAGUAAUCUUCAAUGUAAGCUCAAACAAACUGUUUGUUUAUUAUUGUCUGAAUGAUAAUCAUUUCUUCCAUUUAUUAGUUUAAUAAUAUGAUUUCUUAACAAUAAUGUUAAGUAUUUGUCGAUUAUCGAAGUUUGUUGAAAUCUUCAAAAAAAAAUUUAAAGUUUUCUAAUAAUUACUUUCUUUAUUUUGUUUCUAAGAAUUUUUUUUUGGCAUCAAAUGUGCUCUUAGUUGGUAAAUUUAAAACCCCUAAAUUGCUCUUUAAACAGAAUGGUGCAUUUAAAUUUUCCCUAAUUUAUGUUCUCUUUAAUGUUACGAAAUUGUUAUAAAAGUGUUUUAAUAAACGCACUUUAAAAGUACUAAUCCGGCGAACACGUCAAUGUUUCAAGUUUAAACUAUUCUGGAAUUAAAAAUAUGGUUUAAUUUCAUUGAAAUGAAUUAUCAAAAUCUCUCUUCAAGCGACAUUGUAUGUCGUUAUAGAUUUUGCAUAAAUACAAAAAUCAAAAUAUCUAAUAAUUUCUUAUUUUAAACACUCAUUAUAGGUACAAUGAAUGAAUAUUUUCUUAAGAUUCAUAAAACACUUGAUUACCUAUUUUUAUAAGUGAUAAGAAAAUUUACGAUGAAAUUCAAAGCACAAUUGUCUUACAAAAUUACAACUUUUUUUUUCUUAAAAAAAUAAAAACACCUAAAGUUUUAAAAGAAAAAAAAAUGAAUUUAAUCUCAAAAAGCAAUUUAAGAGUUAUUUGCACAUUAAUAAAUAUUAUGUAAAUGUAGAUUAGAAAAUAUGACGCGUAUUGAAAGGAUCGAUAAUCUCAAAAUUAAGGAUUAAUCCAUUUAACAUCCAAUACGAGCUUAAUGAAGCCACAAACCGCAAUUAGAAGAAGAAAUAAUAAUAUUUGCGAUGACUUUAGAAAGCCUAAUUCAAAAAUGAAUAAAUGUUUCAUUCCAAUUUAAUGUAAAAACCUUAGAAGUUAUUAUAAUGAAUGGAAACAAAAAAAGCUGUUGAAAGAAUUAACUAAGUGAUUUUGACUCGAUAAAUGAGUCAUAAAAUGCCAUGCCAUAAGAACUAACAUUUUAGGUUGAAGGAAAACAAGCAAUUAAUUUUAAAUAACAAGUGUACCUUUUUGAUUUUCCCUUACCUUUAGAACAUUUAAAAAAAACUAAAGUCCUUUAUCUUAUUUUUCACCAUUGAAUAAAAUUUAAAAUUUGAAUUAAAAUUAAAGCUCCUUAUGAGAAAUAAAAGAUCUUGAUCCUAUUAAAAAAUCAAAACAAAGCGUAAAUGUUGUUUUUCAAAUCAAUUUUAUGAACAUGAAUUUCAAAUAAAGAAUAUAUUCUAUGAUAAAA